CUAUUAUGAUUGCAUGUAGAUGAAAGGUGCUAAUAAUUUGGUACACAGAGUGCCAAAGCAAACCCCUUAUUUUGCUAGCAUUCAGUUUGCAUUUCACAUGAUAUUCACCUGAAAACAAUAAUAAGGAAAUAAAUAGUAAGAAGAGAAAAAUGCAGCAGGACUACACUUUUGACUAAGGUUAUCUUUUGGCUAUGAUUAAGCUUGACCUGAUGAUCAACAAUGAGGAGUGGAGACUGCUCUCUGCUUCUGCUUUUCAACCAAAAUUCAGUAAAAUUGUGAGGUGACUUCUGGGCUUGGUGGAUUUUAUCCAUUUAGUAGGUCAGUGAAAAUAUGGGAGGUCUAAUAACCAAAGCAGCUGAUCAGCAACCUUUGUUAGAUGAUAUAGAUGAAGUCACACUCUUGGACGAGAUGUCUGUUGUGCUUAUGGGUCGUCAUGGAGUUGGGAAGAAUACAGUUGGGAAUGCUAUUCUUAAGAAGAAUGCCUUUAGAUCCAAAGAUAACUCUAUAGACUACUACUUGAAGCAUGAAAACACAACAUUUGGCAGACAUAUUAUUGUGACACGUGUUCCUGGCUGGCAUGCUGAUUUAAGCUCUGCAAAGAAUUUCCAACAUUGGCAAGUGAUUAAAGACAGCUUGUGGUCAGUUAAGGAAAAACCCCAUGUUAUUAUCCUAGUUGUUGAUAUGAACACUAAACCUGCAGACACAACACAAGAGAAAUUAAAGCAACUCUUGGGUGAAAACGUUUUACAACAUAUUUUAAUCGUUUCAGUGAAUUCAAAAAAGAUUGUGGUUUAUCACAGUGGGGAAAAAACAACCACCAUUCACAGGUGUAAAUAUAAGUUCGUUUCAAAAUGUACACGUGAAAAACAAAAUAUAAAAUUUAUUGAAACAAUUGAGUACUUUAUUGCAUGUAAGAAUGACCCUCGUUUCUACGACAUGCAGAAUAAGGCACCAAACCUUGAACUGCAAUUGCAGGAACAGGCUAAGCUAGUAGAUAGACUAAAACACAAAAUAUCAGUUCUCUCUUCCAGAAAUAAUUCAAUGAGAAAUGUAAUAACUUCACAAAAUGAUGAAAUAAAUGAACUACAAUAUCUGCUGACAAAAAAGGAGAAGAUGCUGAGAGCCAAGAAGGAGGAGAUAGCAAGAUUAAAAUCAAAUCAAAAUAACGCAGAGCCCGCUGCCUUGCAUAAAAGGAUUGAACAGCUUGAGAAUGAAGCAAAGAGUGCAGAAAAUUGUCAACAAAAGAUGGAAGAAUAUCUGAAAAAGAUAGGUGAAAUGGAAAACAAACCUCUGGAAAAAGAUGAAGAGAUAGAAAGACUGGAAAAGGAAAAUCAAGAACUGAAAAAACAGAAUAAAAUGAAAACAAAGGCAAAGACAUCAUUCAUGAGUGGGCCGAAGAAGAAGGAUACUAAUUCAUUUGAAUUAGAAUCAUUGAUCCCAGCAGAAACAAUGGAUGGUGAAGCACAUCAAGACAGUGAAGUCAAAAGAGGUGUGCAAUUUCUGAAGAAAAACCGCAACGAGCUCAUUGAUAGAAUUGUGGCAGUGAAGCCCAUUGCUGAUGAAUUGUUUCUGAUUAUUGGCUCCCAUAAAUAUGAGAAGAUUCUACAAGCUCCAACUGAGUAUGAUCAAAAGAGACUGCUCUACGACAUAACAGAAAAAGGCGGAACAAAAUCACAAUAUGCAUUCUACAAAGCCAUUAUAAAGCAUGAGAAAUAUCUUGUAGAGGACUUAGAAGAGAAGCUAUCAAAAUAAAAACCCUGUUAAGCCUCAAGAAUGGAAAUUUUCAAAUUCUAAAAUGUCAUCAUUUCUUUUCUGGGGAAACAAACAUACCAGUGAGAUCAACAACUACUUUAUUUUGAGAAAAUGGGAAAACUGUGGAGAGAAAAACAAACAAACUUUAUCUAAGCAGAUUGUCUAAUUAGACUGCCUAAUCUGACAAACUAAAAGCCUUAAACUCGUGAAAAGCUGAGGAACAGCUUGCAAAACUGACUUUGUUCAUUGAAAAAAAAAGUUUAAUUUUUUUUUUGGUGAUUGUAGUUGUGGUGCUUGUCUUGCUAUGUGGAUCCAGGGUGCAUUGUUCUUAUCUGCUGUGAUGGCACUGUAGCCAUGCAGGCUAUGUAAGCCAUACCAGCAAAAGCCUUCAUUGGACAGUUUCCGGUACCUAGGUGUUCACAUCACACAGGAUCUGUCUUGGUUCUGUCACAUCAACACCCUGGUGAAGAAGGCCUGGCAGUGUCUGUAUGUCCUGUUUAAAGGACUUCAAACUACCCUCUCAGGUGCUAAAGACUUUCUACACCUGCACCAUUGAGAGUGUCCUGGCGGGUAGCAUCACUUCCUGGUUUGGGAACAGCACCAUGCAGGACAGACGAGCCAUCCCAACAACUUUUCUUUGUUGCGUUCAGGGAAACGCAUCCGCUCCUUGAAAUCAAACACAGAGAUAAUGAGGAGAACCUUCUUCUCACAGGCCAUUCGGAGUUUAAACCAGAAAACACCCAGGAUCUAGUUCUGGACAUUUCCCUCUAUUUUCAGUUUUUUUUCUGCACAACCUUUUUUUUUUUUUUUUGCACUAUGACACUUUUUGAACUCUGGACUGUCAUUUUUUUCUUAACACAAUAAUAUAAAUACUGUGUUCUAAUUAAUAAUUUGGUUAAUAAUUUAAAAGAACAAAUGAAAUAAAUGUAAAACAUUUACUUAUUAUGCAUGUGUAACAUAACAUAAAAUGACAUUAGUGUCAGUUAUGCUGGUAUAGGCAUAAUAUCAUAACAUUUUAUUUUAAAAAUGGAGCGGUUUCUUGUGCCAAAGAAGAGACCUUGGUAUUCUAAUUCAGAUUUUGGUUCUAGUGAAAAUAAGAAUAUAAACUUACCUCAGCCUGAGGUACAGAACAGUUCAGAUAUUUAUUAUUUGGAUUGUUUUAUUGUUGCAUGAAACAGCAACUUUUGGCCAUAAAUACUCGAAAAGCGAAGGCCCUGCAUGCUGAACGAAUCAUUUAUAAAUUUGCCGUCAACCACAACAACUGACUAAAUUGUCCAAAUUAACUCAAUGCCUUAGAGAGAUAAAAGACUGAAUGAGCUGCAAUUUUCUGUUGUUAAACUCUGAUAAGACAGAAAUACUACUUAUAGGUCCAAAAACCAGUACACAGAAACUCUCACAAUUUAACUUCCAUUCAGAGGGAUGUACUGUUACUAGUAGCUCAACAGUGAAAGACCUGGGUGUUACAGUAUAUUAGACAGCAACUUGUCCUUUGAAAAUCAUGUCGCCCAAACCACAAAAACAGCCUUCUUUCACCUUAGAAAUAUUGCCAAGGUGAGAAACAUCCUGUCUGUCUCUGAUGCUGAGAAGCUAGUUCACGCUUUCAUGACCUCUAGACUGGACUAUUGUAAUGCGUUACUAGGUGGUUGUCCUGCAUCUUUAAUAAAUAGGCUACAGUUAGUCCAAAAUGCAGCUGCCAGAGUUCUCACUAGGACACGAAAGUAUGAUCAUAUAACUCCAAUUUUAUCAUCUCUACACUGGCUACCUGUUAAGUUUAGAAUCGACUACAAACUGCUGCUACUUAAGUACAAGGCUGUUAACAGUUUAGCUCCCACGUAUCUAACUGGUCUUCUAACACGUUACAAUCCUUCACCAUCUAGUGUCACCCAUAUGAGGAUGGGUUCCCCUUUGAGUCUGGUUCCUCUCAAGGUUUCUUCCUUUACCAAUCUAAGGGAGUUUUUCCUUGCCACUGCUGCCUGAGUCACCUCAGACUUGCUCAUUGGGGUUAAAUUCAUAUACAUACAUACAUACAUAUAUACAUACAUACAUACAUACAUACAUACAUACACACUGUGAACUAUAUAUAUUUUGAAUUUUUAUUAUAUUAAUUCUUUAUACUACUCCUUAUGUUUAUCUUCUGUUCUAUGUUUAUGUUCUGUAAAGCUGCUUUGAGACAAUGUCCAUUGUAAAAAGUGCUAUACAAAUAAACUUGAAUUGACACAGUCUUUAAUCUUAUUAAGCUGGUGACUCACAUCUGACUUAGCUGAAACAUUUCUGUCUGUCAUCAGCAUAACAGUGAAAGCCAAUGCCAUGUUUACGAAUAAUUGCACCAAGGGUUAGCAUAUAUAGGGAGAAAGGCAAAGGGCCUAAAACAGAACCUUUUUUUGUGUUCAAUUUUUUUUUUUAAUUGAUUUGGCCUCUUAUGAUGUUUGUGCUGUAUACUGUGUGUAAUACAAGCUUGCAGGGAGGCUACUGCAUCCAUUCAUUUGUCUGUUCAGUUGAUGUGUAUGGAUUUGUCCUGCAUUUAUUUCAGUGUGCAGACAUGCGGGGUGUGUUAUAUACAGACCUUUGAAUGUGUAUUUAUCCUUUUGUUGUAUAAUAUGCUUUGAUUCUGUGCUUUCCAUCUUGUAAAGUCACUGUGUGACUUCAGUUUCGAAAGAAGCUGAUGGUUUACCUGCUUUGUUUUAUCCUUAUUCAAUAAAGGAACAUAAUGUUA